CAGUCCAGCAGGGGUAGUGAAUGGACUAAUCAGCUACUUUGUCUCACUCCGGGCGGAAGUUAAACAUAAAGGCUUCAGCAGCAACUUGUGUGGAUUCGAUUGGAAAACGGUUGGGCUGUAUCUCAGCUGAAUAUUUAAUUAACCAUGUCUUCAGUUAAGCAUCUGAGAGAGUUUAUCAGAGAGCGACUAACUGCUGCUGCUGAAGAAAUCUUCACAGAGGUUGAAAAAAUCAUCGUCCGCUAUGAUGAAGACAUCAAACUGAUGGAAACUUACUGGAAACCUCAGAUAAAACUCACCAGAAUCGACCUCCAAAGUCCACAUGUCGCCAUUGAGGACAAAACGUCUGCCAUUCAACAGGUCUGUGUCCAUGGGAUGAGGUCCAAUCAUGACCAGGAGGAAGCAGAACUUCAGUGGACUGAAGAGGAACAGAUGGAACCAGAACCUCCACUGAUUAAACAAGAAGAACAGGACACAGAGCUUUCACUGAUAGAAGAUAAUUGGAAAAUAGAACCUGAAGGGACUAGUGAGGAGAAACCAGAACAUCCAUUUAUUUAUGAGGAAAAGGAGGAACCAGAUUAUUCACUGCUUAAACAUGAACAGCAGGAACCAGAACAUUUACCAGUUGGACAGGACCAGAAGGACCUCUGCAGCAGUCAGGAGGGAGAGCAGCUUGUCCAGAAGCAGAUUGUUUCUUUGUGUCAUACUGCCACAAAGAAAAGGUCUUUGAAAUGUGACGUUUGUGGGAAAUGUUUUGAAAAACAGCAUAACUUUAAAACACAUUGCAGAACCCAUAUAAGUGAAAGGUCUUUUUCAUGUGAAACAUGCAGUAAAUGCUUCUCUCAUAUUGGUAAUCUAAAUGUCCAUAAGAGAGUUCAUACUGGUGAGAAACCCUUUUCAUGCCAAGUAUGUAAAAAAGCAUUUUCUCAAGUUUGUAAUUUAAAAGUCCACAUGAGAAUUCAUACAGGUGAGAAACCUUUUUCAUGUCAAGUAUGCAGAAAAAAAUUUACUCAGAUUAGUAUUCUAAAACGGCACAAGAACAUUCAUACAGGUGUGAAACCCUUUUCAUGCCAGUCAUGCAGAAAACAAUUCACUCAAUUUUGUAGUUUAAAGGUCCACAUGAGAAUUCAUACAGGUGAGAAACCAUUUUCAUGCCAAGUAUGCGGAAAAAAAUUCACUCAAAUUAGUUCUUUGAAUACACACAAGAAAGUUCAUACAGGUGAGAGGCCUUUUUCUUGUGAAACGUGUGGGAAAAGCUUUUCUCAAACUAGUAGUUUAAAUGUUCACAAGAAAAUUCAUUUACGUUAAGGAGCCCUUUGCAAAAUCUGUGAAAAAGUUUACCCUCAAAUUCAUUAGUUAAAUAUACACACAAGACCAGGGAGGACAUUUUUAAUGUGAAAUUGGUCUGUAACAAUUCAUCAUAUGACUCGAGGAUCCUGAUCCAAAUUGGUCCAAACUGUGUCACCAGCAGGACACAGUGUUGGAAUGGCCUAGUCCAGGGAUCUCCUUCCCUAGUCCUCAAUGUCAACUGUCCUGCAAGGUUUAGAUGGAUCCCUUCUCCAACACAGAUUAAUCAAAUGAUUGAAUUCAUCUUGACCAUGCUGUCAAGUAAAGAGCCAUUCAUCAGGUGUGUUGGAGCAGGGAUGCAUCUAAAACCUGCAGGGCAAUAGAUCUUCAGGACUUGGGGUGGAGACCCUAGGCCAGGGGUCUCAAACUCCAGUCCUCGAGGGCCGCUGUCCUGCAGUUUUUAGAUGUGCCACAGGUACAAAACACUGCCUCGAGGACUGGAGUUUAAGACCCCUGCCCUAGGCCUAGUCAAAGGCAAUACUUCAAACUUACUGAAAUCCAGAGAGCUGUGCAGAAAAAGAUUUUUGUAAACAUGAGAAAAAUGACAAUAAAUUACUCUGUAUGCA